ACUGUUGGUUGAUAUCCAGGACCUUCAGCCCCGCCCAUGUGAUUUAAACUGCGACCUUUUCGGUGACGACCCGACGACCCUGUCGCACAUUCAGGAAGUUACUCCCUCAAAGGGAGUAAGAGCUAUGAACAAAUCUUGGGAUCGAAUAUAUCAAACAUUCGUCAUUUCGUUCGUUCUCGCAUCGAUCGAUGCUAUGGAAAGAAAUAUCACGGAAAUCGCAAGACGUCACGUAAGGAGUCUUUCCUAUCCGGAAGAAAGCGAGAUGGGGAUAUUCUUUGCCCUUGCAAUACCAUUGGACGAUCCAAUUACAACUUACUCGAUGUCGGUUGCAUUUUUCUUCGAAGCAAAUUAUAAGUUGCCGACCAAGGAAGACACAAACUUAUUAGACGUCAAAGAGGAAGAAAAUAAAAAUGAAAGAGAAAGAAGGAGCAUAGAUCGUAGCACGGUUUAUUCCAUGCUCGAAUCGAAAUUUAAAUCGAUCGGCUAUCCAGCUCGACAGUGCCUCCUCAGAUCUAUAUGCGAAACCACGAAACUGGCCUGGAAGCUCAAUGCUGGUGUCCUUGGAGAUAUCCUACGAAUCCUGUUCACACCAUCUUCAUCGCGUUUAGAAGUCGAUCUUCACGGGGAAUACGUCGAUGCUGAGAAAGUCGAUAGUAGCAGGGAAUGUUCGGAAAUUUAUUCUACCUGCAAGAGCCACUUUCGCGUUACGUGCGCCAACGUAAUUCCAUUAUGUAGAUAAAAUCAGCUUGUUUACUUGUCGGAGAGGGAGCCAGUUUUCUUCUACCUCCUCUUGUUCGUGGCGAGUGUGUCUUCUAGCUCGGCCAUUCUCGUAUCCUUGCACUAAGGAUGAGAAAGUCUAAUCAAGUUGAAAACGAGCGUAAGAAGGAAUGAUCGUUUUACGGUUUCCUCUUGUUACCAAUGCUAUUAAUAAGAAGGAUCGUCGAGUAAUGCAAUGAAAAGAUAUUAAAUAAUUUCUAACUAAUAACUAUAAUAAUAU